AUGGACGGUUUGUCAGAGCCACCAGCGGAGAAGCCCUUGGCAAAGGAGUGUGUAGAAGAGCCUGUGGAGCAAGGGCUGCUUGGCAGGACUCGCUCCUAUGUGUUGUACAUUGGAAAUUUGAACCCCAAAUACUCCCAGGAGAUCCUCCGCAGCAUGCUGAAGGACAUCCUGGGCACAGCCACCAUCACCUUGCAAAGGCAUGACAUUGAGGUGGUGAAGAAACCACGACAGGCCUACGCAUUUGUUCAAGUAACAACUGAGAUGGACCUUGAGUGCAUCCUGAAGCAGCUCCUGGUCACCUCGGAGAUGGAGCAGAAGCUGGUGAAGGAGCUUGUGAUGAAAGGGAAAACGCUGGUGGUGGGGGAUGGCAGGAGAGGCUCAGCUAGUGCAAAGGAGGAGAUCGUGGGCCAGGAGCGCUUGUUCUAUGGAGCAUUCAUGGGCAGUGAAAGCAGGAACGUGGAGUUCAAGCGGGGCAGUGGGGAGUACCUGAGUGGGACCCUCAAGUACCAUGUCCGGAAGUAUGCGUGCGCCUUUCUCAACAGCGAAGGAGGCAGCCUGUUUGUUGGGGUGGAGGACAGUGGCUUUGUGCAUGGGGUCAGGUGUGGGCAUAAGGAGGAAGAUCGUGUCCGUUUGCUCGUCGAUUCUAUUCUGAAAGGGUUCAAGCCACAGGUGUUCCCCGAUGCCUACGCUUUGACCUUCAUCCCAGUGAUCAAAGCUGAAGACACAGGGAUCUUCCUGAAGGUGGUCCGGCUCAGCAUCCACCCACCCCGACCACAGGGAGAGGUGCUGCUCUAUGAAACGGACCAGGGAGAGGUGUACCUGCGCAGGGAUGGCAGCAUCCAGGGGCCGCUCUCUGGAAGUGCCAUUCAGGAGUGGUGUAGGCAGAAAUGGACAGCGGAAGUCAGGAAGCUGGAGGAGAGGAUACAGACGCUGGUGAAGGAGAACGAGAAGCUACAGCAACAAGUCAACCAGGAGCAGAGCGCAAAUCCCAACUCUAGAUUCUGCACCAUGGUGUGA